GUAUCAAAAAGAAUACAAUCAAAAGCUUUUUUUUUUGCAACUAGAAUUUUUGCAGUAUUUUUUAUAAAAUUUGUUUAGUAACUUAUUAACAACACAGAACAAUGAAUCCACAAGGAUAUUCUCAACCACCGCCACCAUAUACCGAAAAUCCGGGUAAUCCACCCAAGCCAAUGUCAAAUCAAACUUAUGGUUGGAAAGAAAGUCUUUCUGCCGAUACAGCAACAACAACGCCAUUAGCUACAUCAACAACACCAAUAGCUAAUGGCGAUUCAAUAGAUCCUGAGGACUUACAAUCCAAACAGUUUUCAUUUGAUGAAGCCAGUGUACGUAAAGGAUUUUUGCGAAAAGUCUAUCUUAUUUUAAUGUGCCAGCUAAUUGUCACCUUUGGCGUUGUGGCUUUGUUUUUAUUCCACCAACCGACAUUAGAAUUUUCCCAACAACACCCGCGCUUAUCAAUGGUGGCAAUGUUUAUAACGAUAGGAAUUGGAGUUGCUAUGGCUUGCUGUGAGUCGGCACGUCGUAAAUAUCCCACUAAUUUCAUAUGUUUAGGUAUAUUUACAAUUGCCGAAUCAUUUCUAGUGGGUACCAUAGCUGGCCGUUAUAAUUCAGAAUCGGUAUUAAUGGCAGUUGGUAUUACGGCCUUUUUGUGUUUAGCUUUGACUAUAUUUGCUUUACAAACUAAAUAUGAUUUCACUGUCUGUGGUGGUUUUCUAAUUUGUGCCAUGGUUUGUUUGCUAAUUUUUGGUAUUGUUGGCAUAUUUUGGCGUAAUCAUAUUCUACACACUAUUUAUGCCGGCUGUGGUGCUCUUUUGGCUUGUUUCUUUCUCAUAUUCGAUACACAGAUGAUGAUGGGAGGUCAUCACAAAUACAGCAUUAGUCCGGAAGAAUAUGCUUUUGCCGCCUUAAAUCUUUACAUGGAUAUUAUACGUAUUUUCAUAUUUAUUUUAAAAUUAUUAGGAAAAAAGAAGGAUUGAUGAUAAUCAUGGAAAAUUGCAACUUCACUUUUGUUUCCAAACUUAACUUUAUUAGAAUACUAGCUAUACCCAGUGUGCU